AUGGCCGUAGCCUCCACGACCGUGCCCUCCGUGAUGACCUCCGUAUCCGCCGUAGCUUCUCCCAGCAGACACCAGGGCCAGUGCCAGAAGGAACACCAGAACUGCGACCUGGUCAACGGAAAGGUCGCAGUUCUGGUUCUCCUUGUGGUACUGGUUGUUGUGUCUGCUGGAGGGUACAGAGGCCAUUAUGGCGGCCACGGCGGUCUUUACAGAGGCGGCCACAUGAGCGCAAGCUACGGUCAUGGAGGCCACAAAUACGGAAGGGCGGUCGGCUACGGAGGGCACUCCAGUGGCUAUGGCGGCUACGGCCAUAGGAACGGGUACGGCAAAGGAGGCUACGGCCAUGGAGGUGAGCACAGUUACGGAAGAUCGGUUGGCCACGGUGAUCACCAUGAAGGCUGCGGCGGUCACGGCGGGUAUAAUCAAGGAAGUGGCCAUGGAAAGGGCUACGGCCAUGGAGGACACGGAUACGGAAGACCAGCGGGUUACGGCCCUCCUGGAGGCUACGGCGGCGGGCACGGUUACCAUAACUGA